CGCGUCCUCCUCCUCCUCGACGUCCAGGUCGCGCCACUCUCCGAUCCGCCACUCGGCGUACCGUCCGCGCGUACUGUCGGCCCGAAUAUCGCCAAGGUACUCGCCACCGCGCGCGCCUCCCCACCCGCGUCGCGCCCGCGCAUCGUCCAUGUCCGCAAUGCCGGUCAUUCGGGCGAGCCCGAUGAGCCUCACACGCCUGGUUGGCAACUCGUGCACAUGCCACAUCUAAAUGAGCCUGUCCUCGACAAGCGCAAAAACAAUGCCUUCGCCGGCACUGCCCUCGCUGAGCAUGUCCCACCCGACGCGGAGCUCGUCGUAGUUGGUCUGCAAAGCGACUUCUGUGUCCGGGCAACAUGCAGCGCCGCCCUUGGACGCGGGAACGAGGUCCUGCUCAUCAGAGGCGCUCAUGCGACGUACGACCGCGUAGAGUUCUGGGACGGCGGUACCAACACACCUGCUGCGCGCGUAGAGUCCGAGAUUGAAGAGGAGCUUGAGGAGGCUGGCGUUGUUAUUCUUGAGAUGAAGGAUUUGCCCAAACUAUUCUCUGAC